UGCAAUGCUGUGCAGACUGUCAUGGUUUUUUACAGCUGGGCAAGUAAAUAGGCUUUGAUAAAUGCCACUACUUGUUAUGAAAACAAACAUCACUUGUCUCAGGGAACAACAACUCUGGACUACGUCCAUCUCUGGAAAAGACUUGCACAUACUGUCUGAGACUUUUGUCACAGUCGUUAAAAAACCCACUAAUUGAUUCAUAAUGCUUCUCAAUUAGAGCGCUCUCCAUUUCACAGUAUCAAAGCACUAAACAAAAAAAGAACGUUAAGUAUGCACCUUAAAAGCAAUGAAUUUCGAGUACCUGUUUUACAUUUAUUAGACCAAAAGUACUUUUAGCAUCUACAUUGGGAUGAACAGUUUUGAUCCUGUAGUUAAUCUCAUUUCUAAAGCUAAUUAUAGUUCUUACAUAUCAAAGUAACUUUAAAUAUGACAUUGUUUCAAACUAAGAACUAAUCCAGAACUACUUCUAGUAUGGUCAUUCGGAUGUUUCUCAGUAUUAAAGGAACAUACAAAAUCUGAUAGCCUGUUUAUAUUGGUACAGUUCUCUAGUCACCAUUAUCAGCCUGGAUCACAAAGGAAAAAAGAAGGCACUUGCAAUGAUAGAUAUUAAAGUAUAUGAGGAGCUGAGGAGUAAAAUAAACCAACUCCAUCCCCUCAUCCCCUAAUUUUAAUGCAAUAUUUGAGGUCCUAAAGCUAAGAAAGGCAUUUCACCUCUAAGCUCAGCAGUAUAUUGGCUACAGGUAAACUUCUCUUUAAAACAUCAUUGUGAUGUGAGUGAACCCAUUCAGACAGUAUUUUCUUAAAGUUUGGUUGCUUCUGUACAUCAGCUUCUUUGGCAACCCCAGCAGGGACAGACACAAACAGAACCCGCGGCAUCUUUUUGGGUCGUUCACAUCUAAGACUUAAGUAACAUUAACAUCAUGUGGAGGGAAGCCUGCAUUGCCUUUAGGUAUCCUGCUUAUUUGUCACUGCAGUUGUUUGUAAAUAAGAUCUCUGGAGAGAAUGAGACAUGUUAGACUGCAAUAAUAAAGAAAGGGCACAACUCAGGAAAAUGGGAGGAUUGUCUCUUGGAAUGGUUGUAGGGCACAAAAAGGAAGGACUAUACAAUUUUAACACAGACACAGACUCCUGCCAGGGGGUAACUGCUCAGAGGACUCUGAUUAGUGGAGAAGAAUGCAGAAUAGUAACUAGUUUGACUGUCUAAAACAUGAGCAGAGUGCAGCAGUCCAGGGAACGGCUGUAUGUGGUAUGGAAAGCCAAGCUAUGAGACCCGCAUGGCUGGAAGGCAACUGAAGCAGACAGGCUUCAGGGCUGGUAUUCAGCAGAAGCAUCUGAAAGAUAUAGUCCAUUUUAUUCUCUUUAUAAAGACACAAACAAUCUAUUUAAAGCUAGUUAUUUGCCCACACCAUUUCCACAAGGGGGAGAAAAAACAAGACAGUGGACACAGAGUAUAAAUCAAACUGAUAUAAUCUACUCCCAGAAAUUUUACCCUGCUAAAAAAAUAAUAAUAAUUAAAAAAAUCAAAUCCACAACAAUUACUUUUUUCAAAUUACUCUUUGUGCAAAAGCAGCUGCGGCAGCAUCCCAAGCUGUACUUUUCCAAUUAUCAAAGCAAAGGUGCAAAAAAUCUCUAUGCAUAACUCAUUCUUGCUAUUUUUUUCCAUGACAUUCUCGCUCCACGGACACGUGCAGAUGCCUUAAUUUCUCUAGAAAUGCUUAAAAUGACUUGAUGCUUAAGUAGCAUUAUUGUUAGCAAAACUACAGGCAUUUUGAUUAUUAAUAAUCAAAGGAACUGUUUAGUUUUCUGAAAUAAUCUUAAGUGGUUCACUUUCAAUUAAAAAUAUAAAGAAUACUCGAGAUCUGUCUGAAAUGUCUUCAAAGACACUGAAAAAUUCAGUAAGAGAUCGUAAAGCCUUAUUUAUUCAACUAGAAAGCUAGGAAAGUGCUCUCCUCUAUGUGGAAAGCUGAGUCCAGUUGCCCCUCUGCUGCCAAGGCUUUAUUUUCUGCCCUUAUUUUAGUAACAAUGAUAAGCAAGCAGAAAUGUACCACAGGAGCUAGGCACACCUGCACUGCAUGCACAGGUGUUGGAAAGAGACAUGGCAACUGGAAAGGAAGGGAAAAUUCCAACAUAAAGCCAAAAUCUCACGUAGGGUAUGAGAUGGAAAAAGGGAACCUCCUCACUUGUUCUUCUGUCGUAUCUGUGGUUUACCUUUGUACAAUACCACAUACACUAGCCACAGGAAUCCACUGUGGAUACAUAACAAAUGGAACUCAUGAUUUCUGAUGUCUUGCAGUUUGAGGUUUAGUAGGCUUACAGUUUCAUGCCAUGGCCUGCAUUUUUUAGCAAGCUACACAGAUCCUGAUGGAUUAUCAAUAGCAUUUGUUGAACACAUCUGUUUUUAAGAGCUAAAGCAGCUCUCUGUAAGACAAAUUACAUCUGCUUGGUAUCACCACUCACUGUGCUUGUUCCUUUCAGAUGUUUUGAUUGUGCCCUCUUGGUUUUUUGUUUUCUCAUCCUUAAACCUCCAAGUUCCACAUUUCAGAACUCGUUCAGAAUCCAAGGGGAUAGCAAAGCGUGUGCCUGUUAAUGAUGACAGUCCCAAAUGAAUGGAAGCACCAGGCUCAAGUAGUAUGUUGGCACAGCACACAAAUGUAAGGACUGAAGCAACAGGACCUUUUGCUUCCAUUGCUGCAGUCAAACAAACAAGGGUGCUUUGGCAUGUAAGCUAAAAGCCUUGCUCCACUCCUUUGGAAUUAGUAGAUGAAUAAUCAAGAAAGUAAGCACAUGAAGUAUUCAUCACAAUAUGUAUUCUAAUCCGGCUGUCCUUGCUGAGAAGUGAAAUUCAAGCUUCUAGAUAAAAAUGUGUUCUUACUUACAGGCUGCUGUACUCAGCCUGCACUCCCUGUGAGAUACUGUGAGAUACAAAAACCAGACCUGUUUAACGAAGUUUUUCUGCCUAAAGAACAGGAAAGAGUGACUUUGUCACUGGCACCAGAGCAAGUCUGCUCAGAGAAAAGUUCCUCCACAGCAGAUGGUAUCAGGUUCUGUUCUACCUCAAAAUAACGGUCCUCAUGAAGGGAAUAAGCAAAUGGACAACUGAUAUAUGGGACAAAACAUUUUCACAGUAUCACAGAAUGGCCUGGGUUGAAAAGCACCACAACGACCAUCUGGUUUCAACCACCCUGCUAUGUGCAGGGUCGCCAACCACCAGAAGAGGCUGUCCAGAGCCACAUCCAGCCUGGCCUUGAAUGCCUCCACGAAUGGCAUAUCCACAACCUCCUUGGGCAAACUCCAGUGCGUCACUACCCUCCAGGUGAAAAAGAUUCUCCUAAUAUCUAACAAAAACCUCCCCUGUCUCAGUUUAAAACCAUUCUCCCUGGUCCGAUAACCAUCCACCCACAUAAAAAGCCAUUCUAAUACUUGUAGGGAGCAUAUAAACAGGAGGGAGAAGGCCACAAAGAGGUCCCCCAGCGCCUUCUCUUUCCCAAGAUAAACAAGCCCAGCUCCCUCAACAUUUCUUCACAACAAACCAAAGGUAUUUCACUGGGAUUGUAGUUCUGAAUAAUACCUAGAAAAUUUGAAAGCCAAAAAUACAUUAAAAAGGCAAACUCUACAAAAAAGAUAAAGAUGAUAAAAAUGUUGAAGAGCACCGGUCCCAAGACCGACCCCAGAGGGACACUGCUUGUAACCAGCCUCCACCCUGACACAGAAAAAUUCAUCAAGAACCUUUGGUUGCGUCCAAUCAGCCAAUUCCUAAUCCACUGAACAGUCCAUCCUUCAAAUCCACACCUCCGCAGUUAAGAGAGAAGGAUGUGGUGAGGGACCACGUCAAAGGCUUUGCAGAAGUCCAGAUAGAUGACACGCGUUGCCCUUCCCCUGUCCACAGAUGCCAUUACUUCAUCACAGAAGGCCACCAGACUGGUCAGGUACAAUCUGCCCUUAACAAAGCCACGCCAGCUAUCUUGCAUCACCUCUUCAGCUCAUCUUGUUCCUCUCCACUGGAAACCCCAGUUCACAUACCUAUCUCAUCCUCCUUUUCCAUGGUGUCCAUCUCCUCCCGAUGCUCUGCACACCAGCCGAGCAGAGCAGCGGCGCUUCCCCAUGGGCGGAGGGGCACGCGUCACAGUGAGAGCAUUGUGAUGCAAUCACCCUGCAGAGUAGCAGAAGCACCGCUCCCUGGGCACAGAGAGCACUUGGUGCUGAGCACCGGCACUGCGAGGAGGUGGGAGAGAUUGGGAGAGGAGACUGAAGGCAGAGAGUGCCCCCGGUGCCCUCCCAGCCCACAGCGUGGUCAAGGACUGUUGCGAAUCCAUCUGCAGCUGUGCUCACUGAGUGGUGAAGCCAUGGCAGAGAAGAACACCUGUGAAAAACUGAUGGAAGACAACGCUGAGUCAGGCGCACUGCUGCAGGAGCUCAUGGAGUGUAAGAAGAGGUCUGCGGAGCUGGCAGCUGUUCUCCGAGAGCAGACCAAAGUCCGUGAGGCACUGAAGGAGGACGUGGAGAUGGAGAUGAAAAAACUCCAGAAGGCACAACGGAGGGUCGAAAAGCGCACUGCCCCGAGGAAGAUGACACGCAGGGAAGAGCACAUGAGUUCCCUGAUGCAGGAGGCAGUGGCAGUGCGAUUGGAUGAGCAGACGGCAGCACAGAAGCACCCACUUGUAACUACCUGGCUGCGGGCGUUUCUGCUGUUCUUGGGCCUGCUGCAGCUUGUCUUCUUCACCCUGUUUGUGCUGCAGAAGGACAUCCUUCACUGGGUCCUGCCUGGAGAGCUGGCGACUGCCCUUGGCAUCCGUCCACCUAAGCCCGCUCUUUUCUGACCCCACAACACACUGCGGCCCUUCAUCGGGACACCAUUGGGUCUGCACAAGCAUGAGGGGUCUGUCACCAUUGUCACCCUGUCACCAAUCAUGUCAAUAAAAUCCAUCCCAAUUCCCAAA